AUGCCAUCCAGACUGAGAAAGACCCAGCAACUUCGGGGCCACGUGAGCCACGGCCACGGCCGCACAGGGAAGCACCAGAAGCACCCCAGAGGCCAUGGUAAUGCUGGUGGUCUGCAUCACCACAGGCUCAGCUUGGACAAAUACCAGCCAGGCUACUUUGGGAAAGUUGGUAUGAGGCAUUAUCACUUAAAGAGGAACCAGAGCUUCUGCCCACCUGUCAACCUUGACAAACUGUGGACAUUGGUCAGUGAGCAGACACGGGUGAAUGCUGCUAAAAACGAGACUGGGGCUGCUUCCAUCAUUGAUGUGGUGCAAUUGGGCUACUGCAAAGUUCUGGGAAAGGAAAAGUUCGCAAAGCAGCCUGUCACCGUGAUAAGCCAAAUUCUUCAGCAGAAGAGCUGA